AUGUCACUCAGAUUCCUUCCAGGGCGGCCAAAUGAUACGCAAGGGUCAACCUGCCAGGUCCGAUGGCAAGAGCAGAUCGUAUUCGCCUACUGCUCGGGAAACAAUGUGAUAUUGCUCUCGAAUCAAUUUAGCCGGCUGCAAACAAUCUAUCUCGAAGAGGAUGGGAUAGCGGUGGACAUCAAUCCGGCUAAUGGUUUCAUAGCUGUCGCUGUUGGAAAAACUGUUAAUGUUUACAAGCCAAUUUAUCAGGUUAUGAAGACCCCGAAAUGGGAAUUCUGUUGCCAGAUAUUUCACGACGAUACUAGGGUGAAUUCCUUAUGUUGGGGUGAUUCUAACGAGAUUGCAAUAGGUUCAAACUAUCUGUCAUUUUGGAAGCUCAGAGACGAAUUUGGGGAGUACAAACCACUGCUUCUAUGGAAUAAGAGACAGCCAAGGCCGGUCUACCAAUGUAAGGUUUCAGAGAACUCUCAACUGAUUGCAAGUUUUGGGAAAUAUGAUUCUACAGUGAAACUUUGGAGGCGAAUCUCUAUCAGUGGAGAACAGGAUAUAUUCAACUUGACACUGCUUCCGCAUGCGGCUCCAGUCACAACAAUAAGGUGGAAGAAGUCAGGCCCAAAGUGCAAUGAUAGAGAGUUUGACGAGCUGCAAGUCAUAUAUAUUCUUUGCACCGAUAAAAGGCUACGUGUGUGGUCAUGUUACGAGACGGACUCAAAUCGCACAGUCCAGCAAUGGGGUUCUUUACAACUAAGCAGCGAGCAGAAAUACUGUCUUUUAAUUGAUAACUGGAUCCUGCGAAAGUGUCUGGGCAAAGGCCUACCGAAAUUAAAAGGUAUUGAUGAGGAAUGCGAUUUAGCUCUUCUUGGAUCUCCGGAAGGUCGCUUCGAUGUAAUCAUGUUGACAGGGCUGUCAGUUUGUCCACCAAGGCCUAUGGGAAGGAACCAACUGCCGUCUAAGCAAGUAAGAUGUGCUUCUUUCGUCAAUGAUCCGGACUUUGUCUACUUCGCCGAAGCGCAACCUUACGACAGUUCCAGCGAAAUGAUGUCAGUAGUCGUUCACGAUCUUCGAGGUGUAAUCAGACAAUCGGUGUUCAACGUGAGACAUCUGUUUGAUAAUGAGCACUCAGAAAUUGGUGAGUUACAGAAUAAACUGACAGGCCACAACAAAUCUGUUCAGCGACUUGUGCGGAGCAGUGACGGUGAAGCAAUGCUUACGAUUUCCAGGUUUUCUGAGAAUUGCGUAUGGCGUCCAAACAAGAAAGACAGUGCUUCACUGCAACUGACGAAUAUCAUAAACACAAAGAAGCCCAUCAAGCUGGCUAUUAUACACGAGAAAGGUCAAUUGGUCAUUUGUCUUUUAGAGAACUCAAAAAUACAAGCGUGGCACUGUCCCCGCGAUCGAGACGAAAAGAAGAGAUCACUACUGAAAGCAGAGUAUGAAUUGCCCUUCAUUCCCGAACUUGGUGAACCAGUAUUGAUGUUAAACACACCCGAACAGAGGCAUAAUCAUGAAAGACACUUUAUUGCAUUGAUUUACCGUGAUGGUACCGUGAAAGCUUUCAAAGUCUCCUUUGCCACAGGAAUAGAAGAAAUUCAGUCUGAAAGACUGAACAUUGUAACCGAGCGGAUUUAUCGUGUCUCUACGAUCGACCCAGUUCACAGCCAAUUUUACAGCAAUAGGCCGUUAAUAACUUUAACAACAGAAAAAGGUGUAAUCACAACAUAUAAAGCGUUAGUGGACAGUGAAGCUCAAAAGAUUAAGUGGAUCAAGGAUUUCGAAGUAAACACUGGGAUCGAAAAUAUCGCUCUCAUUCGAGGUUCAUCCACUGGUAAGCUGUGUAUAGCAGACUCUACCGGCGGGAAACUUUCUUUAUGGGAUAUGAAAAGAGGCGUUUUGGAAUACGAGGAGUGUUUUGACGACAUCAUAGAGGAUAUUGAUUGGACAAGCACGGCUUUCGGUCAAAGCAUAGUGUCGAUCGGUUUCAAGUCGUACGCACUUUUGUACACGCAGCUAAGAUACGACUACACAAAUCACAACCCAAGCUAUCUCCCGAUCGAGAAGAUCGACAUCACAGCGCACACAGAUCAUGAUAUAGGUGACUCAAUUUGGUUGAAGGAUGGAACCUUUGUUGUAGCUUCUGGCAAUCAAUUUUACGUCAAAGAUAAGUACUUUGAUCAAAAUGAUCCAUUCACCCAUCACUCAAUCGGCUCGAGAAAGAUUUUAUCGAACGAUAUACUUCAUCUGAGCAGUGUUUUAAAUGGUCCACUACCGGUUUAUCACCCGCAGUUCCUAAUUCAAGCCCUAUUCGCAAACAAGCUUCAGCUGACGAAGGAAAUUUUGCUAAGACUUUUCUUAGAAUUAAGAAAGUUUAACUUCGGAUCAGAAGAUUUAAUCAACUUAAGCUCUAAUCUUCACAUAGAAAGUGAUAAGUUUUUGAUUUAUCACGACCGGGACUACCCUGAGACUGUUUUUCCAGAUCCGUUUCCAGAGUACAAUGCAAAAGUUUCAGCGGCUCUGACAGAGCAACUGACGAAGGUUACCUUACCUUACCUCACACGGCACCAACAGAUUACCAUCAUAACUGUCAUCGGAGCUCUUAAUGAUAUUAUGGAAAACGAAUCAGUGGUAGACUAUAAUGGGAUAAGAUUUUUACUUGGAGUCAAACUAUUUAUGUCCCACAAGAACACCCAAAAAGAGUUGCUUAUGAGAGAUGUAGCAUGGGCACUGCACUCAGAUAGCAAGGAGCUGUUGAUGGCAAUCUGCGGAAGUAACAUGGUUUCUUGGGAGAAGGCACGAGAGUUCAAAGUAGCAUACUGGUCCAGAGAGAGUGACUUGCUCAAUUUAUUUGAGCAGAUCGCCAAAUAUGAGUUCUCAAAGAACGAAACCAGAGAUCCAAGUAGAUGUGCGAUUUUUUAUUUGGCAUUAAAGAGAAAACAAAUACUUAUAAGUCUAUGGAAGAUGUCUUUCGGUCAUCCUGAGCAGCAGAAGAUGCUGAAAUUUUUGAGUAACGACUUUAGUCAACCGAGAUGGAGAAGCGCGGCUCUGAAAAAUGCAUUUGUUUUAAUGAGUAAACAUCGGUUCAUGGAUGCGGCAUGUUUUUUCUUACUUGCCAAAUCCUUGGAAGAUGCUGCAAAUGUAUUAUACAAGCAAGUGAAAGACAUGGACUUAGCCAUCGCGGUGUGUAGAGUCUAUGAAGGCGACAAUGGACCAGCCCUGGGAGGCUUACUAUCCAAACAAGUCUUACCUGAGGCUAUCAUUCAGAAUGAUAGGUGGAUGACAAGUUUCAUUUAUUGGAAGUUGCGGAAACAGCAUAUGGCGAUAAAGGCUUUGGUGACUCAACCAAUCGAUUUAGAGGAGAAUGCGGAGCUUGUGAAUGAAGAAAUAUGCAUCAAAAGGUCUUUUUUAGUCGAGGAUCCAGCAUUACUGAUUCUUUACAGUCAUUUGCGGAAAAGAAACAUCAAUUACUUUAUGGGAUCUUUGGAAAUCGAAAACAGACUCGAGUAUAGCUCAGUUCUCAGAGUAACUGACAUUCUGAAACGAAUGGGGUGUGAAUAUUUAGCUUUGUCUCUGACAAAGAACUGGGAGUUCAUCAAAGACAAUCAGAGCCACGAGAACGGUUUUCAGUCACCGAAAGUGGACGAGGCAGGCUUUACCAUAACUUCUAUCGCAAAUGAACCGACCAAGACAGAAUUGGUUAGACCGAGUUUGUUCGAUAAAUUUCUAGACAGCGAUUCCACAUUCAAGAACACUGGUCCGCGCUCAGAUAACGUUUCAUCAGCGACCGAGACAAGGAAUUUACUCGAUGAUUUUAUGACACCGUCAACCAAUCAAAGCAGCCCGAGAAAUCUUUUGGAUGACUUUUCAUCAUCCAAUUCGAAUUCUGCAUCCACUGCAUCUCAGAGUAUUUUGAAUGAAUACCGCUUAAAUUCUCGUGGAACUGAAUCAUCAACGGAUGGUGUCAAAGACAUGUUGCAAAUUGAUGCCAAGCCGGCCAAAAACGCUCCAAGAAGCUUGCUUGACGACUUCAUGUAG